GAUCCCCCGCCCCGCAGUUCUGGCCGCAGUCCCGGUGCGCACGGACGUGGCUUGAGUUUCCUCCGCUCGCCGCGCUCUGUCGCUCUCUCCCGGAUCGCGCUUCUUCCUCUUUCCCCGGGACUCCCGCGCGCGCCCCAGCUCCACCCGGCCGGCCCCGCACGGCUCCGGGUAGCCAUGGAGGACACCCAGCUCCAUAUCGUCGAGCAGCCCCUGCCCGCGUACUCCGACGCCGGAGACUCCUCGCCCGUGGGGGCGCCGGCCGGUGAGGAGCCGUCCGGGGCCGGCUCGGAGGAGCUGAUCAAGUCGGACCAGGUGAACGGCGUGCUGGUGCUGAGCCUCCUGGACAAAAUCAUCGGCGCCGUCGACCAGAUCCAGCUGACCCAAGCGCAGCUGGAAGAGCGGCAGGCGGAGAUGGAGGGCGCCGUGCAGAGCAUCCAGGGCGAGCUGAGCAAGCUGGGCAAGGCGCACGCCACCACCAGCAACACGGUGAGCAAACUGCUGGAGAAGGUGCGCAAGGUCAGCGUCAACGUGAAGACCGUGCGCGGCAGCCUGGAGCGCCAGGCCGGCCAGAUCAAGAAGCUGGAGGUCAACGAGGCCGAGCUGCUGCGGCGCCGCAACUUUAAAGUCAUGAUCUACCAGGACGAGGUGAAACUGCCGGCCAAACUGAGCAUCAGCAAGUCGCUGAAGGAGUCGGAGACGCUGCCCGAGAAGGAGGGCGACGAGCUGGGCGAGGGCGAGCGGCCGGAGGAGGACGCCGUGGAGCUGUCGUCGGAUGAGGCAGUGGAGGUGGAGGAGGUGAUCGAGGAGUCGCGCGCCGAGCGCAUCAAGCGCAGCGGCCUGCGGCGCGUGGACGACUUCAAGAAGGCCUUCUCCAAGGAGAAGAUGGAGAAGACCAAGGUGCGCACGCGGGAGAACCUGGAGAAGACGCGCCUGAAGACUAAGGAGAACCUGGAGAAGACGCGGCACACGCUGGAGAAGCGCAUGAACAAGCUGGGCACGCGCCUGGUGCCGGCCGAGCGGCGCGAGAAGCUCAAGACCUCCCGGGAGAAGCUGCGCAAGUCCUUCACGCCCGACCACGUGGUGUACGCGCGCUCCAAGAUCGCCGUCUACAAGGUGCCGCCCUUCACCUUCCACGUCAAGAAGAUCCGCGAGGGCGAGGUGGAGGUGCUCAAGGCCACCGAGAUGGUGGAGGUGGGCGCCGACGACGACGACGGCGCCGCCGAGCACGGCGAGGCCGUCGACCUGCUGCGCGGCAGCAGCCCCGACGUGCACGCGCUGCUGGAGAUCACCGAGGAGUCAGACGCCGUGCUGGUGAACAAGAGCGACAGCGACUGAGCCGCGCCCCCGCUGCCUGGUCCUCGCCGCCCCCCCCAACCCCAUUUUCUCUUUUGCCUUCUUGCUCAGCAGCACCCGCCUCCACCCCCCACUUCCCCCCCUCACACACACACUCACCCACCCGCAAAACCCCCGACGGGGGCCCGAGAUAUUUCUACACGGAAUCGGCCCCUCCAAGCCUUGCAGCUGUUGAAACGAGAGGGAGAGGCAGAGCUGGGAGUGAUCCAUGUUCCAGUUGUGCAAGUGGCGGUGGUGGUGAUGGGGGGUCCUAGGGGAUAUGGUUUCCGUAGUGGCACGCCCCCCGCCCAACUUCUCCCUCCCACUCACGCAGCCCAGCUGCUGUCAUUCCUGCUCACUGAGUCCUUUUUUGCUCAUCCUGAUCCCUGGAGGUUUUGCAACAAGAAUGUCCAUAAAAGGAAGGAGAAACCAGAAGAGGGCCCAGGGGCCCUGGGGAGGCCCCAGACUGGAUGCAUGUAAAGCAGAUUUGGGGAGAACCUGGUGGUGGGGAGAACAGAGCAAGCCUCGAGAUGAGCCCUGAGGAAGUGGUGUUUGGGGGAGGGGGCGUUUUUAUUUUGAUGCACCUGAACCUGGGAGUACAAGGCCCUGGGAAGGAGAACGGGAGAACAGAGGGUAGAAAUGGAUGGAGAGAAUUCUUCUUAUUAGCAUGGGGAGAGCACAGGACAGGAAGCACAUCUUUCGGGGCGGGAUCGAUAGCACAGGGGGGUAGAGCUUUAUUUUGCCUUGCACGCGGCCCAUCCCGGUUCUAUCCCUGGCAUCCCAUGUGGUCCCCUCAAAAGCACUGCCAGGAAUAAUUCCUGAGUGCAGAGCCAGCAGUAACCCCUGAGCGUCACCAGGUGCGGCCCCAAAACAAAACAGAAAAAAAAAUUUCUUCUUUACGGGGUUCCCAGAGACAAGACCGUCUUUAAGAGAAGGAAAGACUGGGAGAGAGAGCAAUGGUAGGGAAGAGAGAGGGAAGCCUCGGCCUGAUUUCGCCACUGGGCUUUGGGUGGGGCCGGGCCAGAAGGCCCAUAUUCUUAAGGCCCAGCAGGGGGCAGCACCGGGCUGCAGAGAGCUUGCGGUUAGCGGGGCGGGAGGCCAAUGGACAGGCCACCCAGCUGAGAGCAGGAGGGCGGGAGGAGGAGAGCGAGCCAGCUUCCCUCCCGUAGGAUUUUUUUUUUCCAGAUCCUUCCUUAGUGGUAGCCUUAUAAAGCUGUAGACCGUGCAGAGAUUCCUUCGGCUUCUUAGCCCAUGUGGCUUCCUUUCUCAAAUCUCGGGGGGCCGGAGGGAUGCUGCUUCCAGUCCAGAGGUCUGAUUUCUGAAUCCACCGCCUCCACCUGAGUCCUCCUCGGGACUCCGGCCCCCUUCCUCCCCAAGGUGAUAGAUGCGAGGAGUACCCCGACUCCCCAGAAAAGGUGGACUAAAGGCUUCCUCCCUCCCUCCCCUUUCUCUAGCCUCCUUGCCAGUUCUUCCCUGCGCUGCUUUUUAGAAUUGCAGCUCAUUUUUUUGUUGUUGUUUUAAGGGGUGGCGGGAGGGAGCCUGGUGAUAAACAUUUUUUUUCUUUUUUAAAUAUAACUCAAGGUGUUUCUGUUCCCUCCCAGCCCGCCCCCACCUUCACCCCCAACUCCCACACCAUCCUUUUUCUCUUCUUGAUUCCCAUCUCUUCUGAAUGGUUGAGCACUUGUCAGCGGAGGGAGGAUGAGGAUUGUGGGACAAGGUCCUUUGGUGCUGGUUGGCUGAAGGGUCCUGAGCUGUGGGCUGAGACAGUAUCCUACAGGCGCUGGAGGGGCCCCUCUGAGUUGCUGUGUCCUGGUGAGCAGCCCAACCAAUAAUAAACCUGCUUUUCUA